GUCAAUAAAAACCGUUAAGUACGAGUUUGUACACUUUAAUUUUGAAUUUACAAUAGUUUUUACUUUUUAUUUUAGUUCAAAAAUAAUUCAAAAUUGAAUAGGCUUUUACUAUGGAAGAUUUCAAUGUUUUCACAAAUGAAAUUGAAUUAACAGGACCAGCUUACAAACGAAUACUAAAUAAAUAUGUUAAGGAUAUUCCAUUCACACCAAACGGACCAAAUUAUGAAAGUGGUAGGAAGCUGAUAGCCGAGGAAUGCUUAGCUGAUGGCAUGGAGACGGAGUGCGCCUUUCACUUUAGUGAAUCUGUGGCCUCAUCAGUGAGGACUCUUGCUGUUUACAGAGAUGAGCAAAUCAAAACUACUGAAAACAAAUUAAGCAAAAUAACAAUGUAUAUAGAACCUGUCAACAAUAUAAUCUCAUCAAAUACUAUUACCAAAGAAGAAGAGAGUCUGCUACAAUUAUUACCAAAUGAUUUAGAGGACCAAAAAGAAAGUUUAAAGAAGUUUGCACCUAAAGAAUUACCUUUCCAUAAGAAAUAUAUGAGAUUUAGCUCUGAUAACAAUGUGGCCAAUUUUGUUAAAAUAUUGAAACAACUUCCCAAAGAAUGGACAAUAAUACAACUCACAGCACACUAUAAUCCAAAUGAAAAUCUCAAGCCAUUCUCAGAAUACAGAAGUGAAAUAAGCUCUAUUUAUCUGACUCUGAUGACCAAUGACUAUUCAGAUCUGACGAGUUUUGGACCACUUACUGUGGAAAUACCAGCAAAUGUUACAAAAUUAGGAGAAAAGCCGCUGUUUGAGGAGCUAUAUUCCUUGCUGGUUGAAAAUUACAACACCAUUGAGAAAGCGCAACUGUUGAACAACAAACGGUUGAUAAAGAACUACUGGAAUAGACGGGAGGAUAUCGAUUUAAGGAUAAAGAGUGUAAUCAACGUAAUGUAUAAAGAGUGGCUCGGUGGAUGGUCAAGUCUCUUGACCGGCAAGUUAGAAGACUCGACACUGAGGGACCUGGUGGUUCAGUAUGUUGAUACUGUGAUAGCGGAUUGGGGGUUCAUUAAGUUGACAUCAAAGCAAAAAGUACUCCUCUACAAUCUCUUAGAGAGUAGCACACAAUUGUCGUCACAACAAAUCAAAUCUUGCGUAAGAAUGAUUCUCACCCAACAUGGCAACACCGAGGAUGUCAGACAAAUUUUGACCAACUGCGAAAGUUGCAGUAAAGACUUUAGAAUUUUGAACGAACUAUGUUUUGAGUGCUUAUCGCAAUGCUUCGAGAAAAUUCACCAUUUCUCUGUUGUCGAUGGUAUAAAAGCAUUUUUUGAGGCGGCAACAAAAAUCAAAGAUGGCGACGAGUUGACACAAUUGAAAAAGGCGAAACGGAAACCGGUGAUUUUUAUUGUGGACGAAUUGUUAGACACGUUUCCGUGGGAGACACUGCCCAUACUGCACCACCAGCCUGUCACUCGCAUAGAGAACAUCCAUUUCUUGUAUAAUCUGUAUAUGGAACAUCAAGACAAAAUCCUCGAUGGUUAUUUCACUUCAGAACCUGAUGUUGGCCGAUAUGUCAUAAAUCCUGACAAGAGUCUGGAGCGUAUGGAGGCUCGCAUGAGCUCGUUCAUCAAGUACUGGUGCGGCGCGUGGAGCGGACACAUCGGGGAGCCGCCGCCGCCCGACGACUUCCUGCGCUACCUAUCCGCCUCCGACAUCUUCUUGUAUUGCGGCCACGGCGACGGCUGCCAUUUCGCGAAGGGCGCGGCGAACGGUGCCGGCGUUGAGGGCGCCACCGGCCGCUCCGCAGCCCUGCUGUCGGGCUGCGGCUCUGUGCGCCUCAGCCGCGCACCCGGCAGGACUCCGCCCUCGGGCGCGCACCACAGCCUGCACAUCGCCGAGUGUCCAAUCGUGAUCGGCAUGCUGUGGGAGGUGACAGACCUGGAAGUGGACAAGGUGGUGAGCACCCUGCUGUCCCUGUAUGUGCCGUCCGAUGCGCCGGUGGACUGGAAGAGUGUGGGCAAAGCCAAGUGGAGUCAGGGGAUUAUUGACACGGAUGUGGAGCAGCGUGCCCCGGUGUCCCCGGAGCGCGACCUGCUGCUGGCUGUGAGCAAGGCGCGAGGCGCUACCAACUUCACCAUGAUCGCCAGCAGCCUGGUGGCGCGCGGCCUGCCCGUGCGCAUACGAGACCAGUAAAUAAUAAUAAGUUUUAGUUUUUAUUGUAAAUAAUAGAUAACCUUUUAAAAUAGGUAUAAGAUACUGAAAUAAAAACAAUACAAUGAUAUGUGACAA